GCUUCUCAAAGUCAACCUGCCAAGCCCAAGAAGGAAGCCAGUAAUGAGUUUGUUAAAGAUGUUUCCAAGAAGAUAAACAGGAACACACCUGCUCGUGGGUGAGUACGAGGGCACUCAGAUGGCAUUAGGAGGUAUAAACUGGAACUCUCACCAGUAGUAGUCUCAACCACCAUGGUACCAAAUAUUAUAGACAAACCGCUCAUUCUGGAGAUAUCUACCAGCUCCAAGACACCCACUGCUGAGGAGGCAUCUCUUUUCAAAAAGCCAUUCAUUUUAAAGGAGGAACCCACUACUGAGGAUACAAUCCUCAUCAAGAGGUCAUUAAAGAAGAGCACAAAUCAGGGGGAGGUGUCCCUCUUAGAGAAGCCACUAUCCUUGCAGGAGGAGACUGACAGUGAUGUUGUAGAGCCAAUGACUUUUGGGAAGAAGCAUAAAACUGAGAAGGCAGCCAUCAGCAAGAGUACAUUAUCUUUAAAGAGUAUGUGCACACAUCAGGGGAAGCAGUCCUGCACGAGGGAGGAGUUGGCCUUGCAGGACAUCAGUGUUGAAGAGGAUUCUUUCUUUAUGGAGCCCAUGAACUUUAGGAAGAAGCCUAAAACUGAGGAGGCAACCCCCACCAAGAAGCUGUUAUCUUUAAAGAAAAAGUGUACCACUCAGGGGAAGAUGUCCUAUAUGAAGAAGCCACUAGUAUUGCAGAAGAUCAUCUCUGAAGAGAAGUCACUCGCUAAGGAGCUGUUGUCUUUUAAGAGAAAGCCUACCACUGAAAAGGAGUGCCUUUUCCAGGAGCCAUCUGCAUUGCCAAAGAAGCACACCACUGAACAAGAGGUGUCCAUCUUGAAGAAAUCAUUGGCCUUGCAGGAGAAGAUCGACACUGAAGAGGAUUCCGUCUUUAAGGAACCAUUGGCUUUUAAGAAACAACCUACCACAGCGGAGACAACCCUCACCACAAGGCCAUUAUCUUUAAAGAAGAAGUGCACUACUCAGGGGAAGAUAGCCCACUUGAAGAAGCCAUUAGUAUUGCAGAAGACCAUCUCUGGAGAGAAGGCACCCAUUAAGGAGUCAUUGUCCUUUAAAAACAAGCCUACCACUAAGGAGGAGUCCCUCUUCCAGGAGCUAUCUGUGUCGCAAGAGAAGCGCACCACUGAUGGGGAGGUUACCCUUUUGAAGAAGCCAGGGGCAUUGCAGGAGAAAAAGGAUGGUGAAGAUGAAUUUCUUAUGGAGCCAAUUUCCUUGAGGAAGAAGCAUACUACUAAGGAGGCAACCCUUUCCAAGAAGUCAUUACCUUUAAAGAAGAUGCGUACCACUCGGGGGAAGAGGUACCGCUUGAAGAAGCCACUAGUAUUACAGAAGACCACCUCUGAAGAGAAGUCACUCAUUAAGGAGCCAUUAUCCCUUAAGAAGAAGCCUACCACUAAGGAGUCCCUUUUCCAAUAGCCAUCAGCAUUGCAGGAGAAGCACACCACUCAGGAGGAGGUGUCCAUCUUGGAGAAGCCAUUGGUCUUGCAAAAGACUCCAACUGAGGAGGAGUCCCUUUUAAAGGAGGCUUUGGCUUUUAACAAGAAGCGUACCAUUGAGGAGGCAACCUCCUCUAAUAAGCUGUUAUCUUUAAAGAAGAAGUGUACCAGUCAGGGUAAGAUGUCCUGUUUGACCAAGCCACUAGUAUUGCAGACCAUUUCUGAAGAGAAGUCACUCAUUAAGGAGCCAUUAUCCCUUAAGAAGAAGCCUACCACUAAGGAGUCCCUUUUCCAAUAGCCAUCAGCAUUGCAGGAGAAGCACACCACUCAGGAGGAGGUGUCCAUCUUGGAGAAGCCAUUGGUCUUGCAAAAGACUCCAACUGAGGAGGAGUCCCUUUUAAAGGAAGCUUUGGCUUUUAACAAGAAGCGUACCAUUGAGGAGGCAACCUCCUCUAAUAAGCUGUUAUCUUUAAAGAAGAAGUGUACCAGUCAGGGUAAGAUGUCCUGUUUGACCAAGCCACUAACUCCAACUGAGGAGGAGUCCCUUUUAAAGGAGGCUUUGGCUUUUAACUCAUUUAGGAAGAAGUCUUCAACUGAUGAGGCAAUUCUUACCAAGACACCGGUAUCUUUAAAAAAGAGGCAAAUCACUCAGGGGAAGACGUUCCUUUUAAAGAAGCCACUGGUCAUAGAGAAGACUACCUCUGAAGAGAAGUCAGUCUUUAAGGAGCUGUUGCCCUUUAAAAAAAAGUCUACAACUGAAGAGGAGUUCCUCUUCCAGGAUCCAUCUGUACUGAAAGAGAGACACACCACUCUUCAAGAGUGGCUUCUUCUCUCAAAGAAGCCAUUGGCCUUGCAGGAGAAUAUCACCACUGAAGAAGAAUCAUAUAUUAAGGAGCCACUGACCUUGGAGGAGAGGUCUACCACUGAGGAGGAGUUCCCCUUUCAGGAGCCAUUUUCAUUGCAUGUUAAACCUACCAACAAAGAUGAGUCCCUCUUCAGGAAGUCUUUUGCCUUGCAGAAGAAGACUGAUAACAAAGAGGACUCCUUGAAGGCACUGUUGGCUUUGCAUGACAGAAGCACCACUGAAGAGGAAUUCCUUUUCAAGAAACCAUUGGUUCUGAAGGAAGAGCUCUCCACUGAGGUGGCAGUGAGCAUAGAGGGGCAAUUAUCUUUAAAGAAGAAGCCCACUGCUCAGGGGGAGGUGUUCCUCUUGAAAAAGCAGUUGGCCUUGCAAGAAAACAUCACCAGUGAACAGGAGUCCCUUAUUAAGCAGCCACAGGCCUUGCAGGAGAAGCCCAGGAUUGAAAAGGAGACCAUCCUGAGGGAGUCCUUGACCUUGCAGGAGAAUCUCACAAUUGAGGAGGAGGCUAUCCUGAAGGAGCCCCUGGCCUUGCAGGAGAAUCCCAGCAUUGAGAAGGAAAUCAUCUUGAGGGAGUCCUUGGCCUUGCAGGAGAAGCCCACGAGUGAGAAAGAGACCCUCUUCGAGGAGCCCUUGGCCUUGCAGGAGAAUCCCACAAUUGAGGAGGAGAUGACCCCACUGGAGGAUAUUGACAAGGACCACAGUGAUCCAUUUUUCAACUCAAUAUAUGCUAAGGAUAUCUUCAGUUACAUGAAGGAGAGAGAG